UCACAGAAUAUUAGUGUUGGACUUUAAAAAGAGCAGAGAUGGCUGAUACCAUUUAUGACAAUAUCAGGACUGAGACUGAGGGAAUGAAGAGAGAGAGAGUGGAGAUGAUAGUGGAUAUCUACGAGAGUGUAGAUCAUGUGAGAGAUCAUGACUUCAGGACAGAGACAAAAACACACCAACCACUUCAGCACACAGGGAGUGAUUCCGUUAAGAUCAGAAGCUCCAGAGCAGCUGUAGUGUGUUUGGUGCUGCUGUGUGUUCUUCUGCUGACUGCUGUCAUAGUGCUGGGUGUCCACAUCCAUACAAACAGCACAGACUACACAGAAGAGAUACUAACCAAGAUCACCAACCUCACAGAAGAGAGAGACCAGCUACUGAUCACGAUCAAAGAUUACAAAACAGAGAAAUACCAGUUAGUGAUCCAGAACAACAACCUGACAAUUGAAAAGAAAGAUUUAUUAUCCAAGCAUGAUUUUGUAAUGAAACAAAGAGAGCAGUUACAGCAGGAGAACAAUGUCCUGCGGAAACGUCUUCAUGAAGUGGAUGUUUUUUACUAUCAGUCCAGUCUUUACUUCAUUUCCUAUGAGAAGAAGAGCUGGACUGAGAGCAGACAAGACUGUAAGGAUAGAGGAGCAGAUCUGAUCAUCAUAAACAACAGAGAGGAACAAGGUCUUGUUAAGCAAUUGUCUGUUAGCACUUUUGUCUGGAUUGGUCUGACUGACAGUGAUGAAGAGGGCAGAUGGAAAUGGGUUGAUGGCAGCACACUGGCCUCUGGCUUCUGGGGGUCUGGAGAGCCCAAUGGACACAGAGGAGAAAACUGUGUUGUGUCUUAUGCAUCAUGGUGGUAUGAUUAUCCAUGUAAUAAUGCUUUUAAGUGGAUCUGUGAGAAAAACAUUUUAAAAUGA